CAAAAUCGAAUGGCAAAGGAGGACCAUCGCUCAUCAACAGCAACAACAACAGCGACACCAACACGGCAUGUUCCGGAGGAGCUUUUUAAAUACUACUACUACUCCCUUUAAUAAUAACCCAAGCUUUGCAGUCUCGUUGACCAAGAAAGUCUUCAAGAACGUCAACACAGGCGAUGGGAUUUUUGACGAUGCCGAAGAAGACAGCAUCUUUGCCGAUGCCGAGACAGAGUCACACCAUGACGUUGAGGUUAGGGAUAAGGUUAGAGUGAGACAAGAAGACAAUGACAAUAACAAUAUUAUUGCCGCCAGGUUUGUCACUCAGGACAAUGAUGUACAAGCACGACCACAAGAACAAGUGGACAGCAACAGCAACACAGCAGUAGAAGUGGAAUUCCCUGUGGGUUGCCACUGUUUGGUCCAGGUCAAAAGUGCUUUUCUAAAAGGCAAGGUACGCGAAAAAAAGGAACACCGAUUUCUGGUGGAAAUCCCCAAACUCCCUGCGACACUAAGAGGAGAACACGGGCAAACACAAACCAUCAUCAGCUGCAGAAAGCUUCACUAUGCUCCUCGUCAAAAAGUUUGGUUGUCCACACACCAAGGUCUCCUUGCGGGGAUAAUUGUCAGCGCCGAGCAGGAUCUCAAUGACACAGCUUUCAAAUAUACAGUAAGAGUCACCCGAGGAAACAGUCAUUCCAUUUAUACCCAGGUGCUCCAACAAGAUUUAAAACUGAGAGUUCAGUCAUCUUAUAAAGCUUGCAAAGAAACGAUGGAGGAGGACCACCAAGAAGAGCCAGAAUCCAAAGAUUCGCAGCAAUUCACUGAAACGGAGGAAUAUUUGUUACCGGAUGCAUGCCAAUCGGGAACGCAUAUAGAGUCAACAUGGCAUCAUCAAGUGCACAUGGAGCCACAAACACCACAGGACACACCAGAAGAGGUAUACAGCGCUUUUGAAAGCACACACGAAUGUGCCCAAGCUGUCCAAAUGGAACCGGACGCUUGUCAUUCAGGAGAACCAGAUUUCACAGAAACUGAUCAUCCGCAAGUGCACAUGGAGCAAGAAUUGGGACAGGGGGGACAGGAACAACCAGAAUCGCCUUACGAUGACCAAAUGGAGGAAGAAACACCAGCACCAGCGGAGGUAUACAGCUCUUUUGUAAGAACACACGAUCAAUUUGUCGAAAUGGAGCCGGAUGCUUGUUAUUCAGGAAAAACAGGAGAGUCAACAGAAACAGAUCAUCCGCAAGUGGGGCAAGAAUUGGAAUUGGAACAACCGCCUGAGGAGAUGGUGCCCACCUCUCCUGCACAUCCCUUUGAAGUGGAACAUUUAAUACCACCAAUACACCAUGCAGCCAUGGAUACCGUAACGGAGCAAGCACACGAUACAGAUGCAUGCACUUCUACUAAUGCGGAUGUGGUAACAACAACUCCGAUGCCUGCGGUUACAAUUAGUCAAGUGGAACUACCGCAACAGAAAAAUCAUCCAGAGCGGACACAAGGUUUCAAUACCCAUCGCGGAACAGGAGCACCUCAUGACUGCAAUUCGCCUGGGCAUCAAGGGACAAGUGAAAUUCAUCGCAAACGGUCAUCAAGCCACUUUCAAACAGCAGCUCAGGACAACUGUAAUACAGCUGAACAACAGCAACAGCCCAAGAGGCAAAGACAUUCACAUUCCAACAUGCCCGUGGAACAUUCAGACUUUCACCGUUUCAGCUCACAUCCCCAACAGCAAGGACCAAAACACCACACGCACCACGCACACGGACGAGAUAACUGGCAACCGCAGAGGCCAUGGAAAUCCUACGGAGCCACACAAACACAACGAAGACGCCCAGAAUUCCCUCAGCAACCACCAAUGUAUGAAGCAGCAAUGCACGACCGUAGAAGACACAGCAAUCAUCGACAACAGGAACAUGGAUAUCGUCCUUUCCGUCAAGAAGAAGAAAUGCGGAUGCAGCAACCCUUACAUUUCACUGAAAGGAAUGGCAGUCAGUGGCGCGUGGAAGCAUCUGAAAAACAUGAGCGCCAUGGUCGUCAAAGAAGAUUUCCGGCAUCGACGGAUUCAUCUCCACGGCCCACGGGAGACCAGCACAAGCAAAAUGCAAAGCAUUUCAAUCAUCGCCAUAGAACAGCCGAAACGGCAUCCCGGAAGGCCUGCAAUGGUGCAAGGCAAAUCAAGAAUGGACAACCCAACACACAGGCAACGAUGAUGAAGUUGUCAAAGCAAUCUGAUAAUAAAACGCUAAAAGCCACAAAGAAGCAUUCUGCUGCAAAGCAACGGCAGCCAACAUGGAGGAAACCAGCUGGAAAGGAACCAAAGCCAAUCCCAAAGAAACCUCCCACGGUGCUAGUCCCUGGUGCAGCACGAAAUCAACCCGUCAAAAGGAAGGCUCCAACAUUACUGAUACCAGGUGCGGCUCGAAACAAACCCUCUAUUCAGGAAACAAAACAAUCUACAGGAAAGGAAGAGAAAGUCCUUGACCAGCCCGUGAAGGUCACAAAGCAACAAAAGAUCAAGGCCGCACAUGCAAACACCAAGAGCACAAGGACAAACAGCAACCUAGGUCUUGGCCAUUCGAAGGUCAAAAAGGUGCUAAAGAGCAAGGCUUCCACUACUAGCGUGCAAAAAAAGACACGUGCCCCUUCCAAGGACCAGAGCAAGAUAAUCUGUAGGAGCAGUACCGGUACCAAAAACUCAGCCCGCGGGGCUUCGAUGGGCCAGGAUACCCCAAAGAGAAACAUCAAUGUCGAAAAUAUACAAGAAUUGAAAACGGUCGUGGCGAAACUGGCUGGGUCGGAACAAGCCUUGAGAGUUUUGGGAUUGAAGCUGGAACAUGAUAUCCCAAAACCUUGCUGGACUCCCCACCAAAGGCGGCUUGUUGCAAAGGUGGAGCAUCCUCCUCCAAUUCAAUCAGCUUUUCGGAAGAGGUUGUCAAUCGUUGUCAAGAAACUUGCCAAAUGUCCAAAUGCUCUGUCAGUUCUGGGGCUAAACCAGGAUGAUAUUCCAGAGAGCUGCAGACCUUAGCUAUAGAAACAAGUUGCAAACAAGUGGGUGCGACGAGAAACAUAAGGCUAUAAGCUCUCAUUCGGAUCUGAAGUCUAUUUGUCUAAGGCUUUGCGA